GGAUUUUAUUAUGAUAUCCCCUGACUAUACCUAAGACACUACAAUCAAAAACAGUUCCCACCAUCACUGCAAAACUUUCCCAUGAACACACUAGUGUUUUCUCUGUUCACAAGACAGCCUGCCUGCUAGCCAGUCUUUGGUUUGGCCUCUGUGGCUUUCCAGCACUGUGAGAUGACUUCUUCCAUUUUGUCAAGUGACAUCCCAGGCAAAUGGCUGUUCUCCCUGCAUUCCCCUAUGAUGGCACAAUUAGAAUGAGAUAACUCAGUUUUAUUUUCACAUACUACACUGGUUUUUUGUGUGUUUCCUAAGUCAGGUUAGUCCUCUCAUUACAUGAAAGGGCAAAGGAAAGGCAAACUUACUCCUUGAUAAUUCUUGGAGGAUAUUGUCUCUUUGUUGUCUGAUAUGCUUUUUAUCUAUUGGGCUUAGCUCUCUGGCCCUCUCAAUCAGCUCAUGGCUGGGUUCAGAAAUAUUGUCAAGGGUAUGAUAGAUGCUGAGGCUCUGUUUGGCCUACUGCACCAGAAGCCAACUAUCAUCAAUAAGUCUGGUGCUCAAGAGCUGGUUUACAAAGAGGGACAGGUAGCAUUCCAGAAUGUCAAAUAUGAUCCCAGAAGAAAGGUCUUAAAAGAUCUGAAUUUUGAAGCCUUUCCAAACUGGAUUACAGCCAUUGUUGGAAAAUCUGGAAAAGGAAAAUCAACAAUUCUAGGUUUGCUCCUCCAAUUUUACAAUCCAACAGCUGGAACUAUCUAUAUUGAUGGGCAGGAUAUCUCCAAAGUCACUCUUGAUAGUCUGAUAGCAACACUCAGCAUUGUUCUUCAGAGCCCAGAGCUCUUCAGUAACAUGAUCAUGGCCAAUGUUUGCUUUGGGAGGCUGGAUGCCACUAAUGAGGAGGUCAUAGAUGCAUGCAAAGCUGCUGCCAUUCAUGAUAAGAUUAUGAGUUUCCCUGAUUGCUACAAUACUGUCAUGGGAGACAGUGGGCCAAGCCUGUCACACAGGGAACAGCAGCAUGUUGCAAUAGCACAGGUGAUUCUUAAGAAUCCAAAGAUUGUUCUUCUGGAUGAAGUCACUGCCAGCUUGGACAGUGAGAUAAAAUCACAAGUUCAGCAGGGUCUGCAGCAGCUCUUGACUGGCACUGCCUUUCUACCAUCAAGAAGGCAGACCAGAUACUUGUAG